ACUUUUAAUAAGUGGCUCAUAUUGUCAUAUAUACUCAUAUGCAUAGCUUGAUAUCUAAAGAAAACGCUCUUUCUUUUGGACAGUAAGAAGAAAAAUGGAGAGACAUUGUGUGUUUAUUGCCACCUUUUUGCUGAUACUUCAUCUUGUUCAAGCUCAAAAUCAAACUGGAUUCAUUAGUGUGGAUUGUGGUUUAUCCCCUCUUGAGUCUCCUUACGAUGCACCACAAACGGGUUUAACAUAUACAUCAGAUGCCGAUUUAGUAAACAGUGGGAAAACCGGUAGACUCGCUAAGGAAUACGAACCGUUCGUCGAUAAGCCGACUUUGACACUGAGAUACUUUCCAGAGGGAGUACGAAACUGCUACAAUCUAAAUGUCACCCGCGACACCAACUAUUUGAUUAAGGCCACAUUUUUAUAUGGAAAUUACGAUGGUCUUAAUGUUGGGCCAAACUUCAACCUUUACCUCGGUCCGAAUUUGUGGACAAUGGUGAGUAGCAAUGACACUAUAGAGGAGAUCAUCCAUGUGACCAAAUCCAACACUUUACAGGUGUGUCUUGUUAAGACGGGAAUAAGUAUACCUUUUAUAAAUAUGUUGGAGCUACGACCGAUGAAGAAAAAUAUGUACGUUACUCAAAGCGGUUCACUGAAGUAUCUAUUCAGGGGGUACAUUAGCAACUCAAGUACUCGUAUAAGGUUCCCGGAUGAUGUCUAUGACCGUAAAUGGUACCCACUCUUUGACGACUCAUGGACACAAGUAACUACGAAUCUCAAAGUAAACACAAGUAUUAUUUAUGAACUACCGCAAAGUGUAAUGUCAAAAGCCGCAACACCAAUUAAGGCUAACGAGACCUUGAACAUUACAUGGACAGUAGAGCCUCCUACUACACAGUUUUACUCUUACAUACACAUUGCAGAGCUUCAGACUCUAAGGGCUAACGAUACAAGGGAAUUCAAUGUGACACUAAAUGGAGAAUAUAGUUUUGGACCUUUUAGUCCUAUACCUCUAAAAACCUUAUCCAUAGUCGACUUAAGCCCAGAGCAAUGCGAUGGAGGGAGAUGCAUUUUGCAGGUUGUGAAGACACUCAAAUCUACCCUUCCUCCUUUACUUAAUGCUAUCGAGGCUUUCACCGUGAUUAAUUUCCCGCAGAUGGAGACAAAUGGAGAUGAUGUUUCUGCUAUCAAGAAUGUUCAAGAUACUUAUGGAUUGAGUAAAAUUAGUUGGCAAGGAGAUCCAUGUGUCCCCAAACAGUUUUUGUGGGAUGGUCUAAACUGCAACAAUUCAGAUAUUUCUACGCCACCAAUAAUCACUUCCUUAGACUUAUCUUCAAGUGGACUAACUGGGAUCAUCACCAAAGCCAUUCAGAAUCUAACUCACCUGCAAGAACUGGACUUGUCAGAUAACAAUUUGACUGGAGAAAUACCAGAAUUUUUAGGCGACAUAAAAUCACUCUUGGUCAUAAACUUAAGUGGAAAUAAUAUCAGUGGCUUAGUUCCUUCAUCACUUCUUCAGAAGAAAGGAAUGAAGUUAAAUGUCGAAGGCAACCCUCAUCUUCGUUGCACAACGGGUUCGUGUGACAACAAAGAAGAGGAUAGACAUAAGAAUAGGAGCAUUAUAGUGCCAGUGGUCGCAACAAUUGCUUCAAUAGCUGUUCUUGUAGGUGCAUUGGUUCUGUUUUUUAUUCUUAGAAAUAAAAAUUCACCAAAAUUUGAAGGGCCACCACCAUCUUAUAUGCAAGCAUCUUCUGAACAGGCGAUAGUGACGAAAAAUAGAAGGUUUACUUACUCACAAGUUGUGAUAAUGACAAAUAACUUCCAAAGAAUCCUUGGGAAAGGAGGAUUUGGAAUUGUUUAUCAUGGUUUCGUGAACGGUACAGAACAAGUAGCUGUUAAGAUACUCUCUCAUUCAUCAUCUCAGGGAUAUAAACAAUUCAAAGCUGAGGUAGAACUUCUUCUUAGAGUUCAUCACAAGAACUUGGUCGGUCUUGUUGGAUAUUGCGACGAAGGGGAACACUUGGCUCUUAUCUAUGAAUUCAUGGCCAACGGAGAUUUAAAGGAACAUAUGUCAGGAACACCUAACCGUUUUAUUUUGAAUUGGGGAACUAGACUAAAAAUAGUCGUCGAGUCUGCACAAGGACUUGAGUACUUGCAUAACGGAUGCAAACCACCAAUGGUUCAUAGAGAUGUCAAAACCACAAAUAUAUUGUUGAACGAACAUUUCCAAGCAAAACUAGCUGAUUUUGGGCUUUCAAGAUCAUUUCCAAUUGAAGGUGAAACUCAUGUGUCAACAGUUGUUGCUGGAACUCCUGGAUAUCUCGAUCCCGAAUACUAUAGAACAAAUUGGUUGACAGAGAAGAGUGAUGUUUAUAGUUUCGGGAUUGUAUUGUUGGAGAUCAUCACAAACCGACCCGUGAUCGACCAAAGCCGUGAAAAGCCACAUAUAGCAGAAUGGGUAGGAGUACUGCUUACAAAAGGAGACAUUAAGAGCAUUAUGGAUCCAAGUCUGAAUGAAGAUUACGAUUCUAGUUCUGUUUGGAAAGCUGUUGAAUUAGCAAUGUGUUGUCUAAAUCCUUCUUCAGCGAGACGACCGACCAUGUCCCAAGUUGUUAUUGAAUUAAACGAGUGUCUGGCAUCUGAAAAUGCAAGGCGAGGAGUGAGUCGGGACAUGGAAUCGAAGAGUUCUAUAGACGUCAGCUUGACCUUCGAUACCGAAGUGAGCCCAACGGCUAGAUAAUUUACAUAAAUAAUUAUUUCGCAGUAUCACAUGGAUUUUUGUUUAUCUAUUUCUGUUUGAUGUAAGUCAAAUUUGUGUAUCUUUGUUAUUGAGCUAUGAACUUCUUUAUAAAAUAUAUGUGAAUAAAAGU